ACGCUGGUCAUCUUGUGAAAUUACUUGAAGUCCGCAGCACGCACUCCUUUGUAGUACACACUUGAAGGACCUGGUGCAUACCUCAAUCAGUCGCUGCCAUAAACCCACAGGUUACACUUGCGCAGAGGACUGAAUUCAUAAAUUCUGGGUCCCUCUUCCUGGGGGAAGUUUGAACGAAGCUUGAUUGUUUAGAAGGCAAAUAUAUGCCCUAUGAGAAAGAGUCUAGCAAUGACUAAGCAGUAAUCGGCAAAGCCUCGUCGGAAUCACACCUGACCUCAUCAAACAACGGCAGCUUGUGAGGAGUCAGCGUCCUGAGUAAACCUUCAAGUACCGGCAGGCUUCAUUACUGUUUGUCCAAUCAUGGGGAACGCCUCAAGCACCCGGAAGCGGGUGAAAGUAGACGAUCAGUACACCCGGCCUCAGGGGCUCUACCCCGACAGAGAGAGGGAUGUCGAUGCAAAGAAGCUGCGUCGCCUAAUUCUGGACGGUAAGCUGGCGCCUUGCUUUCCCGGCAGGGAGGAGCCACACCUGGACCUUGAGGAGUGCCCCAUCUGCUUCCUGCACUACCCCAGCCUCAACCGCUCACGCUGCUGCGGCAAGGGCAUAUGUACAGAGUGCUUCCUCCAGAUGAAGUCGCCGAUUGCGUCGCGACCGACACAGUGCCCAUUCUGCAAGACUCCCGGUUACGCUGUCGAGCACGGCGGGCCCAAGGACGCAGCACUGAAAGAACUGGAGAAGGCAGAAGAGCAGCACAUUAUCGAGGCUAAGAUCAGGAUGCAGCAGGAGGAGCAGGCAAAAGCGGAGGAGCGUGCCAGAAAGCGUGAGAAAGACCUUGCAGAAGGCCGCGUCCCUGACCCCCCUUCGCCGACUCUCUUCCCGGCAUCCCCCCCAACAUUCCCCGCGUUCCCACCCCCAGCUUCCACCCAAUCUCCCCAAAGUGUAAAUACGCCCCCACAGACCAGGAGCCAGUCGGCUCAACCGGGCCAUGGGAGUUCGGAGCGAAGUGGAAGCGGUGGGGGCCGCAGAAGGAGCUCGCUCAACCGGCGGGUUUCGGCAAUCGAACCGGACAACCUGUGGUUCAGGGCUGGCAGCGCUCAGGGGAGCGGUUCUAACAGUCGCCGUACGUCCGGAAGAGGGGCCGAGUCCGACCCGUCCGCGACCACUGCCGCCGACUUCCUGCAACAAUUGCUUGCGUCAGCUGCUGAAAGCCGGGCCAAUGUCGUCGUGACACCUGUCGAAGCCAGAGCGAACCGAGACGAGGCUGGGGAGGGCGGAGAGGGUCCCUCGCCCAUUCUCAGGGCCAUGGCGCGCCGUGGGAACGCGGAGACGGACGUAGAUCUGGAUGACGUCAUGCUCAACGAAGCAAUCUGGCUGUCGCUUCAGGAAGAGGAGGACCGCCAGCGCCGGACUUCUCAAGGCCCCUCAAACCCGGGUCCCGCUACAGGCGGCUCCCCGGACCAAGCCGCCGCAGCUGUGGCGGGAUCGGGGGCUCAGAGCCCCGUCUACGAAGAUCCGGACGAAGCGGCCGCAAGCGAGCUGGCGAAAGCGAUCGCGGCGUCCCUUGAAGAAAGCGCUGCCUGGGGCACACGGACUGGGGGUGUGGCUGAGGGAUCCCCCGAGUCGGUAGGCUCAGUUCCAAAUCCUAGAGAAGGGAGCGGGCUAACUGGUAACCGGCCGGAGGGUUUUGGUCGGGUUAGUGGAAGCGGAGAAGGGGCUGUCGGCGGGCGGGGGCUGGAUUGCUCGCUGCACAGAGAGGCGCUUGGGGUCGUUGUAAACACGGGCCGAGAGUUGUCCCCCGCUCUUGAUGCAGCUGCGGGCCAACGAGUGGAGUCGUCUGCAACUGGAGCGGCUGCGGGAGCUGACGGAGAGGAGAGUUCGCUGACGUCACAAACCCUGGCUCUCGAUUCCGUGACUGAUUUUCACAUGGCAAAUCGGAACGGUGCUGAGCAGCCUCGUGGGGUUGCGGCGUACCAUACUAACGCUGACGGGGCAGGGCAGAUUGAAGCCGGCAACACCGAAGGCUUACUAAGAAAGCGCGAAACCCGGAGCAGCGGCCGCGGGAGCGGUGCGGCGGGGUCCUCCGCAGGGCCUCUCGACUUCGAGACGAGUGCGGAGCCUUCGUCGGGGGUCACCAGUGCUGACGUCACGGGGUUAGGCUCCUUAACAAGCGAUGGUAACCGACGGGAUUUGGCUGAGAGCCGCGAGCGGCUGCCGAUGAUGGGGCAACUCCGGCCGGACUCGGUGUAUCGGUCAUUGGGAAAUGCGGAGUCGGACGGUGGCAAAAGCGAGGGGGGCCUUGUCUCGUCGGCGAUCGGUCCAGUGGAACCUCUGUCUCUGGCGCAGCUGAUGGCGAGGAAGUCGAGAGUGGAGCCUAGUUCGGGCGAGGGCAGCAACAGGGUGGCGGGCCAAGACGAGGGAGGGAGAGCUUCUGUUUGGAAGAGUGUGGCGACGAGCUUGGAGCCUACUAAGCUCGAGUUUGCUCUGGAAGGUGCGCCGUGGAGCGAGAUGGGGGCCUACAAUGAGCGGGCUGUGGAGCGUGAGAGCGGGUUCCACGAGUCUAGUCCAGAAUCCCGUGGAAGGGGUUUCAGGUCAAGCGAAGCCGAGGAAGGAGGGUCCGGAAUCUGGCUGUCCGAGAGUGAAACCAUGGCGGAGACGGAAGGGCGGUCGCAAGAGAGACAGGACGAAACGUCACGUGUCUGGGAUGCGGGGCAAAGACGAGAGCAAUUCACCCUGGAAAAUGCCCCUUGGGUGGGGCUGGAGAGUAGCGGCGGCUUUGCGUCCACCAACCCGUUUGUGGGCCUAGCGGAGUCUGACUCGCAGGAAAAGUCGAGAACGGCUGGGCGUCUGUCGGGGGAAGCCUGGGCCGAGCCGGCACGUCCAGCCGGGUCGCUCUUGGCUUCUCAGGUGGCACAUUCCAGCUCGAGUUUGUUGGCAAAACCUGAGGGAGUGCUCGGCGAUCUGUAUCCACCAUUGAGUGACGGCCUGCAGGGGACUGGGGAGCAAAAAGCUGGCGGGGAAGCCGGCUCGCAUAAGCGGAGGGCACGGUCUCUCAGCGGCUCUGGUAGCAGCGCUUUCGGUGAAGCGUGCUCCCCCGUCUAUUCACCAGUCAAGUACCCCCCUCCGCGCCCGCCUAAUUCGACACCAGGUAGUGACGAUGCACGUGAAGUGGCUGGAGUUCAUCGGCGGAGUCUGAGUUCGAAAGAGACGUCCACCAGUGUAGUCCACGAGCGCUUUGGAAAGGUCGAAGGUACUCGAUCCAGUGUAGGAGCUGACUCUAACCAGCACGUGGGAAGCGACGCUCUAUUUGAACAGCAGUUGGCUGCGGCAAUCGCAAUGUCCCUUGCACAGACGGAGGCAGAUGACGAGCGGCGAAAGGAACAUGAGGCUUUUGAGAGGGAGGCAUUCGCGGUUGCUCCCUGACCAGGCCCAAGCUGCUCCUCAAAAUUAGAUACAUACCACUGUGUUCAGAAGUGGCGAUAAAUUGCUUGUCCAGCCAAUGCUAAGCAUAUAAGUAAUACGACCGUUCUUGCAUCUGUCAGGUAUUACCUCGCAGAAGUGACAAUUGGCUUUGAAAGUGAUUAAAGAGCGAACUCCCAGUAUGAUGGAUCACUUGACUUUUAAAGCAGGUGCUCUGCCUCAGAAAUAAUGGACGCAGCAGCUGAAGUACUU